UUCUUUGUUCGAACUCCCCGAGUGGGUUGGACACCGUUUUCUGUAAUUUUCUUGGCCUUUUUCCGCCACCUUUGAUUCUUGUUGUUCUUGGGGCUGAUCUUGCUUGGAUCGGAUUUGCUUUGGCUGCGGAUUUACAUUGCGAACAGUUACGACUCGCUUGUUCCUGCACCUUCCAUUUCAUCUAAGAGGGUAGUUGUGUUUCCUCUUUGCUGUAUAGCAUUGGCAGCUAAUGGGGAGGGACUCGAAACCCAAGGAAUCAGGUGGUAAGGGGAAGGGAAAGCAGGCAGCUUGCUCUGCAACUGAUGAUAAUGCCUCCCAAGGGCAAAGGGAAGGGUGGCAAGUCAAGUGAUGGGCUUGGUACCUGCACUUAUGGUAAAGCAAGGCACAUAUUAUGUGAAAAACAAGGCAAGAUUAAUGAAGCAUACAAGAAGCUCCAAGAUGGCUGGCUAAGCAAUGGAGACAAGGUUCCCCCUGCUGAAUUUGCAAAGGCAUGGUUACCACAUCAUUCUUUGUGAAGGGAGGAAAAAUUAAAAGUUUUGGUGUAGAACAGCUGCUUCAGAUGGGAGGAACUGGUAUCAUCUGUUAAUCAACUCUCGAGGAUUUAGAUGAAGCAAGACUGCUACUGCAUGGAGUUUGGAGAUAUGUAAACUAUGCAGAAGAGUCUGCGAGUAAAUCCUAGUUUGGUCUGUUAUGUGAAACUGCUUUGAGGAAGAAAUUUGCUGGUUGUUCCAUGGUUAAGAAAGAAUGCUUUGGUGAUGAACUUAAAGCACUUAGAAGAGGAGAGGAGCAGCUAAUGGUUGGUCGGACUUCACCUUCUUAACCCGCGCUUCUUUGCUGCUGCUGCGACUCCCUCUCGUUGCACUCCGUUCUUGCAGUAGAUGGCUGUGCCCCGUCUUCUUCUCCACCUCGUCUACCCGACCUCGUCGUCCCUCCUCCUCGCCAACUGCAAGCCGUCGCCCCUACCUGUCCUCAACAUCGGCUGUAGAAGGAUCAGCACUGCCGCAGCGCAGCGCGCCCCCCCGUCGGAGGCCGCCGUCGAUGACUUCUGGCGGUGGCUUUGUGAGCGGGGAGCGGUCGCCGCCUCGUCCGCCGCGACCGUUAAGCCGGGCUUCGUGCCGGAGGGCCUGGGCCUCGUGGCCCAGAGGGACCUCCCCCGCAACGAGGUGGUGGUGGAGGUCCCCAAGAGGCUCUGGAUCGACUCCGACACGGCAGUCGCCUCCGAGAUCGGGAGGCUGUGCGCCGGCCUCAAGCCCUGGGUCUCCAUCGCCCUCUUUCUCCUACGGGAGAGGGCCCUGGGCACGGCCUCUCCCUGGCACCCCUAUCUCGACAUUCUUCCGCCCACUACCAAUUCCACUAUCUUCUGGUCAGAAGAGGAGCUUUCUGAAAUAGAAGGAACUCAGUUAUUGAACACGACAAUGGGUGCUAAAGAGUAUGUGGAAAGUGAAUUUGUCAAAGCAGAAGCGGAAGUGAUACUUCCAAACAAACAUCUCUUUCCUUCAGCUAUAACAUCGCUUGAUUUUCUGUGGGCUUUCGGAAUUCUCAGAUCAAGGGCCUUUUCACGUGGUCGUGGUGAAAAUCUUGCUCUUGUUCCAUUGGCUGAUCUUAUUAACCACAGUUCCAGUAUCACUCAAGUGGAUUCUUGUUGGGAGAUUAAAGGAAAGGGCAUCUUUUCUAGGGAACUGAUAUUCUCUUUACGAACACCAGUCUAUGUGAAAUCUGGUGAGCAGGUGCAUAUCCACUACGACAUCGCGAAGAGUAAUGCUGACUUGGCGCUUGAUUAUGGCUUUGUUGAACAGAGGCCAGAUCGGGAUGCAUAUACUUUUACUCUAGAGAUUAGUGAAUCUGAUCCAUUUUAUGGAGACAAACUAGACAUUGCAGAGUCAAAUGGUUUAGAUGAAACUGCAUACUUUGAUAUAGCUCUAGGUUGCCCACUACCCCCAUUGAUGCUUCCAUAUUUGCGGUUGGUAGCUCUUGGAGGAACAGAUGCUUUUCUCUUAGAAUCGGUUUUCAGAAAUACAAUUUGGGGUCAUCUGGAAUUGCCGGUGAGUCGUGCCAAUGAGGAAGCCAUUUGCCGUGUCGUCAGACAGGCCUGCAAAUCUGCUCUCUCUGCUUACCACACUACCGUAGAAGAGGAUGAAAAACUUAUGGAAGGGGAUAAUUUGGAUGAAAGACUUCGAAUCGCAGUUUGUAUAAGAGCCGGCGAGAAGAAAGUUCUCCAGCAGAUCGACGAUGCUUUCCGAGAGAGAGAGUCCGAGUUGGAUGUUUUGGAGUAUUAUCAGGAGAGGAGGCUCAAGGAUCUGGGACUGGUUGGGGAGCAGGGUGAAAUCAUCUUCUGGGAAUCAAAGUAGAACACCUGCACACACCUUCUCUCCCAAGAUCUGAUAUCACAUGUUGUACAUGGCGACAUGCAGGUAAUUGAGAUAACAAUGCAUUGGACACCAUAAUGUAGUUUAUCAUCCACAAUGGCAGUUCUGUAAGCGUCAGAUACUCUAAUGAUUUGUUUGAUUUCA